CAAACACAAAACCGAAUGUGUUUUCACCUAAUAAAAAACCUGAAGUGCUGUGUUUUUCUUUCCAGGAACUUCCGCUGUGACUGUGGAAAUAGCAAGUUCAAAAAUUUGCAGUGCAAGUUACUCCCAGAAAAGGGGAAGGUGAAUUCAGGAAAUAAGUAUAAUGACAAUUUCUAUGGAUUAUACUGUAUCUGUAAAAGACCUUAUCCUGAUCCUGAAGAUGAGAUUCCAGAUGAGAUGAUCCAAUGCAUAGUUUGUGAAGACUGGUUCCAUGGAAGGCAUCUUGGUGCAGUUCCCCCUGAAAGCGGAGACUUCCAUGAAAUGGUAUGCCAAGCCUGCAUGAGUCACUGCCAUUUCCUGUGGGCCUAUGCGUCGCAAUUAGCAGUUCCUGCUUUGACCAAAGUGAACUCCCUUGAAGAUGAAGGGAUUGUCCUGAAGGUUGAGGAAAGUGAAGAGCAGAAAAAAGAAAUAAAAAGAGAAAGUGGAGUGGAACACCAAGAAGUGAAGGAGGAAAAGCAAAUGGAACAGUUUAAUGAACCAUCCACUAGCUCUGGGUCUGCCUGUCCAGAGGUAGUUACUAAGAGUGAGGAGCCAGUCUGCAAGCUGAAAGAACUCCAAAGCAAGCAAUUCUUAAAAAAAGGUACUGCCACCUUUUGGCCAUUGAACUGGAGAAGCAAGUUAUGCACCUGUGAAGACUGUUUGAAAAUGUAUUCAGAGCUUGAAGUCCAGUUCCUGACGGAUGAAUGUGACACUGUCUUGGCUUACGAAAAUAAAGGUACCAGUGACCAAGAAGCAGAGAGGAGAGACCCCUUAAUGGACACCCUUAACAGCAUGAACAGAGUCCAGCAAGUAGAACUCAUCUGUGAAUACAAUGAUUUAAAGACAGAACUGACUGACUAUCUCAGGAGAUUUGCGGAUGAGGGAACGGUGGUUAAAAGAGAAGACAUUCAGCACUUCUUUGAAGAAUUUCAGUCACGGAAAAGACGACGGACUAACAGGAUGCAGUACUACUGUAGUUAGACUGAGAGGGUCAGGGUCUGAAAGGAGAACUGGGAAAACAGUAUUCAUUGGCAACAGAAGAGGCAUCUUCGGUAUUCGGCUUCUCAUCAAAACCCAACUGUCCGAGAAACGUCUCAUUUUGUCUCACUUCCUCUCUUUGUAGCGACUAAAAUGUGUUCUUAACAGGUACAUUGCAUUUGUGGGGAUUUCAGUACUGAUCCACCUUGCAUUCCCGUGAAAGCUGGCCUUGUCUCAAGGGAGCGGAUGGCUCGUUAGGAGACCAGCAUGCCGCUGCGCGUUCCCUCUCACCGACUUUACUUUCAGUGCCUAUAGCUGUGCGCUGUACUAAACCGGGGCGGGGGCCGCCCUCCUGUAUGGUGCAGGCACUGCACACCCGCUCUGCUUCGCAAGACCGGCCUGCGUUGCUUUCCUGCUCAAAAUGGCUCUGCACCCUCUCCUCGGGGCGUAGCGAUCCUAGCGAGGGCUCCCGGCACCAAGCGAGUGUCUGUCCCCUGCACGGAGGGCGGCGCGGCUCCUGACGGGGUACAGCAGGCGUCUGGGGCGAGAUCGCAGCUGUUGGGCGAGGUUGCGUUCUAACGUCUGUUACGCAUCAGGCGAAGGAAACAACACCCUGCUUCCGUGUCCCUGCUCACAGCAGCGGAACUGCUCCCUAGGCAGGUGAAAAAUGAGAAAUCACAGGUUUGGCUUGAUGUAACAGAAUGUGCUGGGUUUAUAAAUCCAAAACCUUUGUUUCUGAUAUUGUACAGUGAUGUUUUACACGCAGAAAUUUGUCACAUGAACUUUAUCUGCUCACUAGCACAUAAACAGUAUCCAAUUACAAAUUAAGCAUUGGUGAGGAAGUUUGUUACAGGACUUCUGAUCUGCUUUGAUUUUAAAAACUAGCCUGCUGCAAACCAUUCUACUUCAUAAACCUGCCUGAAAGCACUGCAGCAGCCUGGCAUUUUGCUACCGUACAAAACGUGAUCUUUUUAUAAUCACUGUGAUAAU